CACCAACCAACCAUAUUAUCUCCCCAGUGUUUGGGAUGGCGCCUCGGGCUCGGGGGCUACUGGCCCAGGGCGUUUUAGCAGCUGUUGAUCCUUCCCUCGCCCCGUCACCACGCGAUGCUCUGGCCGGACUCGAGCAACAGCCAUUGUUGGCCAUCGCGACUCGGCUCGACUCGACUCGACUCGACCGCAUAGGGCAUGAUGAGAUUAAGUGCCGGGGCCUGCUGCCCGUCAGUCGCAGCAGGGACGAUCCGGGCUUGGAACUACAGGCCGCUAUGAUUCGCCUCCCAGGCGGGGUUCCUAAAUUCCAACUGUCCAACUGUCCAACUGUCCCGGGCGUCUGCACGCAUCUGACUCUCAUGUCGCAUCAUUUCCCCUCCUGCUGCCGUGCGGUCCUCCCUGCCAAUCCUCCUCCUCCUUUGCAACCGACCAUGCAGGUUCGCGCUGGACCACCCGCAUGCCUCUACGAUCAUGUGAUUCCCGUGUGGCAGCUCUCGACCAAUAUCCCGUCGCCUGAUCCUCUCGCGAGGUUCAAGGCUCCCGGGGAAGAUACCACUGGUUGUCCCAGUCGGCAGGGGACUGGGUGACGAGGUGAGGGGAUUGACACGGUGGGACGCUCUAAAUCUUGUCAGACAGGUUGACUUGCUGCUGCAGGCCCGCUGUCAGUGGCCCGCUGUCUGCUCUGCAGGCGAUAGAACGGUGCCUUGAGCGAGCGUGAGGGGAUGUAUCACUUUCGUCCUUCCGUUCUCCAACGCGACUUUUGUUUUUCCCCCUUACGCCUCAUUUUUCCUGUCGCAUGCUCGAAA